GUUCCCCUACUGUCAUUAUAGAAAAACUAUGCAUACAAAUAAUACCACCAAUGAUUUAUAUUUGAAAUGCUUUGAAAGAAAUAUUAAAUAUUUUCUACUGUAAAUACUCUCCAUUUCUGAUUUUUUUGUUAUCAUAUUUAACAAAUACUUUCCGGGUUUUGUUGCUCUUUCAUCUAGGGGUUACAGAUAACUUCCGGUGUCAUGGCAGCGUACACAACAGUUUGACUUUCCCCACAAGUUCUGAGAGGCUUUUACGAAAUUAGACCAUUAUGUCGGAAGAAACGGAGGACAUUCUGAAUAUGGUGGAAAGUCUGAGGGUGACAUCGGCAGCUCCCGAAAAGUGUCUGGAUCGGAUACUCGGUUUCCUCCUGGUGGAACAAAAUGAGGAUGACCUUGACCGAGCUUUGGAGACGGCUGUGGAGAAAGGCAUGCUGGGAGAUCUUUAUGACAUCAUUACACACACCUCUGAUGGAGCAUUAUGCAAGGUCAUCCAAAUCCUUGCAGAGCUUGGCAAAACAGAGUCAAUUCGAGAGCCGUGUGUGAUCCAAGGUUUCAUUCCCAUCCUUCUACAGUAUCUACAAUCCAAUGACAUCACGAUGGCUACACAGGCUUGUCGGGCCCUGGGAAACAUCUGCUUUGAAAAUGAUUUUGGAAGAAAUGCAGUGGAUGAACAUGAUGGCAUUCUAUUAUUGCUCAAACUGUUGAGAGAACAUGUAAAGACUACAGAAGAAGGAGCCGACAGACUAAGGACCAUUGCAUGUGGAUUUCUACUCAAUGUAACUAACACACAUGACAAUCUGAUGCAGAAGGCUGUAGAUGGUGGGGCCUUGGAUGUCCUUGAUGAAUACAUCAAAUAUCACCUGCAGGAUCAUGGCCUCUGUAACAUGGUACUACUGACCCUGGGAAGUUUCAUUGACUCAGAGAUUUGUCGUCAGAAGUUUUUGGAGUCUUCCUUGCUAUCCACCAUUGUGGGUCUGCUAGACACACAGACAGGAGAAGUUUAUCAAGAGACAGUCCUAGAUCUCCUGAUAAAUUUGUCAGAGUGGGAUGAAGUGAAGGAUCUCCUGGCAGAAAAUAGCCUCAGUAACAACCUGAUUAAGAUAAUCCAGGUCAACCAAGGAAAACUGGAUCCUGAUAGCCAGCAGCUCAUUAAAAUGGCCUCCGAUCUUCUUAUUCUUCUUUUAACGGGAGAUAAGGGAGCGGAGACCAUGUUCGCCAACGGAGAAGGUCCACUGUUUAUAGAGUCUGUCAAGUGGCUAGAGGAAGAGGAUAGCAGACUACAAAUGUCUGCCGUCCUGGCCAUAGGCAACUUUGCCAGGAAUGACAACCACUGCCAGAGGCUUGUUGAGGAGGGUAUAGUGGAACAGUUGUUAGAGAUAUUGAAAUGUCACAGGGACCAUGAAGCAGACAUGACUUUACAGCACGCAAUUCUUAGUGCCCUCAGAAACCUAGCUAUUCCAGCCAGAAAUAAGCCGGUUUUAUUGAUGGCAGGUGUACUAGAUACUGUCUUACUUCUGACAUCAUCUGAGACAAUGGCCGUAGUGUUCAAACUCCUGGGUGUCCUCAGGAUGUUAGUGGACGGUCAAGAAACAGCUGCCCUACAGCUGGGAACAGAUCGGGGCUUUGUGGACCGUCUGGUGGGUUGGUGUGAUGUAGAUGAACAUGCUGGGGUUCAGGGUGAGGGAACGAGAUUGCUGGCCUCACUUGUGAAGAAUGGACGAUCUGUGGAACUGAUGAGAAAUGUAAUCAAAUGUCAAGGAAUACCCCCACUGGUCGUCAUGGUAUCAUCAGAACAUUUAGUGAUGCAGAAUGAGGCAUUGGUGGCCUUGACCUUAAUAUGUUCCUCAGUAUUAGAUGAAGCGGCACUUCCACUAAAACAGUCAGAAUUGACGGAAACCAUAUCAUCUCUUCUUGGCAAUAAAUCAACACUGCCAGAAAUAUUAUGCAACACGCUUACAUUAACAAGGACUCUUUGUAAUGCAGUAUCCCAAACACCUCCCACCACCCUCUCCUGCAAACUGUUGGCCUGUGCUGGACGAGCCACAGACAUUCAACAGUCAUUGAAAGAGGAGAUUAUGACAUCUGGUAUUGUUGAUAUAGCCAGACAACUUUCAUGCCACGAUGAGGACCGAGUACGCGAGGCGGCCAACACAUUUCUGGCUAUUCUCGAUGAAUCAACUCUGGAGAGAUGAAUAGGUGCUUGCUGGAUGGAAUUCUCCUUCAAAGGGACUCGCAUAGGUUAUGGAGUCAGUAUGAAAUGAAACCAAGUAUGAUGUCACAAUCAGACAGACUCAUUUGGUUACCAGCACAGAGUACCAGUAGCAAAACACCUUAAUACAAUUAUCACACAGCUCUGCCUCAAAAGCAUGUUGUGUAAGCGCUUUCUGUAGAGUUUUAUACUCUCUUAUAGUACAUAAUUAUAUAAUUUGGGGUAUGCAUGGCCUUGAGAAUUUUGGUUAGAAUGAGCACAAUGUAUGUACAUUUAUCAAACCUUUGAAAGGAUUGAAUUUAAUUCAUAAAAGUGAAGUGAAUUCUUUAGUAAGCUUUUUUUUUUAAAUUACUGUGUUAUUUUAGCUUUUACUUCCCUGACCUAAAUCAGUUUGUUUUUUUAUUUUAAAUCCAAUAAGGAAAUGAAAUUUGAGUUUGAAUGAAGGAUGUUCUAGUAAUUCUAUAUGGGUAGAUAGGUCAAGUGUUAGAUGUCAACAUGAGUACAUAUGUAUUAAAAACCCAAUAGGUAUAUUUUCUAUAUUUACAUACAAUGAAUUACUUUUUAAAUAUAGAAUGUAAUGUUUUGUGAAAUAGUACAUUAUUUAUUUAUGGAAUUUUCAAAUCUUGUGUUGACUUUAAUGUAUGUCGAGAUGGAUGUGGUGUGUCGAGAUUUAUUUUUAACAAAUCACUUGAUUUUACCUGAAAUUCAGUCUUUCAUUUACUAAGGUAUUAAUCAAAGAUACAAUUCUGCAGUUGAUCACAGUACUUACAUCUCUUAUCUGUGACUAUUAGAAAAUUGCCAACAUGAAACCUGAUAAGACUAUUGAUUUUAUAUAUAGUCAUUAGCCUAUAUUUCUAAUUCAGUGAGUGGCUUGUGUUGGUGAAUGAGAGAAUAGAGUAAUGAGUAAGAGAAGGGAGCAGAUCUCACAAAAUUUUCUGGCAAGUGGAUACUAUGUUAUCAAGAAAUAAAAGUCAUUAUUAAAUGGGUUUUUUCCUGACAUGGAGAUUCACAUUGCAUUGUGACAUCACUUUAUUUUACUUCUGGCUUCAGCAGGAUCAUUCAGCUGUUAACCAAUCAGAACUUUUCUUACAAACUCCAUAGGAAAUACUAUCUGUGAUAGUAAAGAAGAAAGAGUCAGUUUAGACUUGCUAUAUAUAUUAGAUAGUAGUGGUAGUAAAUGUAGUUAUUUCAACGAUUCGUAAAUUUAGUACAAUUGUUAGGCGUGUGCCCAAUAGUAAUCACAGCGUCUGUCUGUCCAUCCGUCAGCACAUACUUUCUAUGGCACGGAAUAACUUAAAUUUCCUUGGGAAAAUUUUCAUAAAUGUGAUACAUAAUACUUGGAUUAGGCAGAGGAAGACCUCUAGAUUUUAUCAGCAUUGUCUUUACAGAGUUAUGGGACUUUUUAAAAAAAAUUAUAUUAAUAAGAAAAUAGCACUUUCUAUGGCAUGCAAUAAUUUGAGAUUACUUGAGAAGAUUUUCAUAGAAUUUAAAGGUAAUGCUUGGAUUCCUGUAGUAAAUCUGUCUGUCUGUUCAUCCAGCAACACUUUCUAUGGCACAAGAUAACUUAAGUUUCCUUCGAAUUAUUUUCAUAAUUCUUGGAUUAGGCAGAGGAAGGCCCCUUUCCUUUUUCAGAUUUAUUUCGGGGCCCUUUUUGACUUGUGAGUUUUCCAGUGAUUCAUGAACUCUGUGUUUUGCAAUUCUAUUUAACAUUAGAUUCCACUGAUUUUGUAUGACCAGGAAUAAAACAGAAAUGUGUACCAUGCAGAAAAUAUAUAUAUAAUUACACUGUUGUUUAUAAAAGAAGUAGAUAGCAAAAAUACAUGAAACCUUUUUCAAUGAUCUAUACUUUGGUUUGUAAAAGAAUAUAAAGCUGAGAGUAUAUAUGGUAAUAGUAAAGUACAGUAUUUAUAUUUAGCAAGAAAACAAUGGAGGUCUUUGCAUUUCCUGCAAAUCUGUACAAAAGUAUGUGAAAUCUUCCAUGAAUUUUCACAAACUUGAUUUUUUUCUCAAGUGCUCAAAUAUGUUUAUUGUCAUGAGAAAUUAUGGUAUUUUUCUUAGAGAAAUCAAAAUGUAUUUCUGCAUUCCAACAUGUAUUCGAUAUCACAAUCAUUAAUAUACAUUUCUUUCCAUCUGUGUUGUUAUAAUCUGAUAUUAGAUUUGGUGAGAGGGUAAGGGUGUAACUUGUCCAUUUAAUUAGAUGUGGAAGGUUAUUUUUAUCUUUUAGUUUUAAUAAAAAGUUUUCUAUUCUAAUACAGUGACUUAAGGCACCAUGUCCCUCUGAUAACGCACAUAACUCUUGCAUCAAUAAUUUAUUUUAUGAAGAUUAAGGCCAGAAAGAAGUAUAUGUUUGUUUCCUGUUAUCCAAUCUACCUGGACUCAAAAGUUGCCAAUCUGGAUUUUUCUAACCAAAUUGCAAGGGAAAAAACAUUUCCAAAUCGGAAUUUGUUUUAAUUCUAAUCCAGAUUACCUUAUAAAUCAAACAAAAUGACAGCCCCAGUUGCGUGGAGCUAGCCCAGUUACUGUGAUUAACAUUCAAAGAACUCGGUGAUUACAUCAUAUAACAACUCGAGUGGUUUCUUAGAUAUAUAUGGUCAAUAGCACAAAGCUGGAUCUCCGCUUUUAAGGUCAUAUCCAAAAGAUCCGUGAUUCUCUUCUUUAAAUGCCAAAUGUUUGGAGAAGGAGCAAUCACUUCCUAUGUUUACGUCUUAGGUUGACGCAGGCAUGGCAUGAAUGGUCUCAAAUUCACAACCUCCUGGUUACGAAGUGAAUGCUUUUCCACUGCAAGGAUACUACACCUGUGGUGCAGGGUCAGAUCUUACUUUUUGGUGCGUGAUCAACUCUUGCUAUUUAGUUCUUAGUUUAGGUCCAUUUCUUCAAGCUGUGUAAAUCAACCCCCUAAAAAAUUACAAUUAAAAAAUAAGAUAAAAACCUACUGUACUUGCAUAGAUUUUUUUGCCUUAGUAAUAGGAAACAAACAUAUGGUUUUUUUUGGCCUUAUUCCUUUACAACAUUCAUCCUUUCGGGUAUUUAUUGACUGUGUACAUACUAAAACUGAUUGCACUUUAAUUAUGAAUAUCCUUUGGCAAAUGAAAACAAAUUGAGGGCUCGUUACUAGUACCUGUAUGCAGUGGGACAUGGUUAGACUUGACUAUAUUGUACAAAUACAUGUACAAUACAUUAUACAUGUUAGUACAACUGUAAAUGAUAUAUUUAUGUGUUUCAGUGGGUUCUUGGGCUCAAUUAGUUGUUACUUUUUUUAAAAAGUUUACUUUGUCAUGAGAUUUAUUUUUUUUUGUGUGUGUGUAUGACUUUGUGUCCAAUUUUGCAACGUUUUGUCUGCCAUUUGCCAUUUCAUUAUGAAUAGAACUGGCUAUGGGUUUGCAAUGAUAAUGUAUUUUUCAUUUAAAAUUUUUAGAAAUGUUAUUCACAAGAAUUUUAUCAGAUGUAUCAAAACCUGUAAUUGCAAUCACUAUUUUCGAACAGGGUUCUAUAAAUGUUCGAUGUUAUGCUGUAUACUCGCAAGAAAGAAUCUUAAUCCCAAAAAAUUAAACCUGUUUAAUAUU